AUGGUUGUACCUAUUUUACUGUACGGAGCAGAAAUUUGGGGUGUUUACAAUUUCAAAGGUGUGGAUAAUUUACAUUUGAAAUUCUGCAAAUAUUUACUAGAUGCAAAGAAGCAGACGCCAAAUAAUGCUGUGUAUGAGAUGUCAGGUAGCGAGAAUGAGGUUGCAGGAACGGAGGAGGUAAGAAAUAACAACCAUACCGUAGAAAAGAACCAGGUUAAAGAAGAUGUCGUCACUAUUAACGUCAGUGGCAUGACGUUUGAACUUGACGUGGACGAUAUCCGACGGGCACCGUCUUCUCGUCUCCAUAAAUAUGUCUUUAAUGGUAAACGGUCGAUGUGCUUUAAACGCCCAGUUCAAAGUUUUGAGGCUAUCCUGGCGUACUAUCAAACCGGUGACUUACAUAUGCCAUUGUCCGUUUGUCCCGGGGCGUUCAGGACGGAGUUGGAGUUUUGGGGACUGGACCCACAGAUUAUGACGAAGUGUUGUUACUACAGGUACCUAUCCUUUGAGGACGACCAAGAAACCCUUGAUAAAUUCCACUUACACUUGUUCCCGACGGUUGGCGUUGAAAAAGAAAAACAUAAGUUCCUGCCAGGAAUCAGGAAAAAGCUUUGGAACAUUCUUGAUUUUCAAGACAAGGCCAUGGUAACAAAGAUAUAUUUUUGGAUCUGCACGCUUAUGGUUAUACUGUCAGUUCUCACAUUAGCGCUCAGUAGUUUGCCAUAUUUCCGCAGAAACCUGACAAAAUGCGAAAUGGAAGAAGCCCUUGGAAGACCACUUCAGUCAGUAAGCUAUGAGGUACCGAAGAAUGAUUCCUGCGCUGAGCCCCUACCAGACGAAAUUUUCAAGACCAUUGUCGUCGAAUACGAACGAGUUAACGUGACUAACAGGACGGAGCUACAGGAGAACGAUAUUCUAUUAAAUGCUGAUGAAAUUCGACAAGAAGAACUUGCUAAUGCCAACAAGUCGGAUGGAUCUAAAGAUUCAAGAAGUUUCUUUGAUUUUGGUUUUGAUGGGGACGAUACCGUCUCCGAUGAAGUGCUCCUCUCACACAUUUUUGAGGCUUUGAGACCGCAGGUUGGUAUUGGUAAGAAGACUGUUCGGAUUCAAGCGAUCGUUUACCUUGACACAAUUGUCCUUGGUUUCUUCACCGCUGACUUGCUUCUGCGCAUCUUCUGCUGCCCAAGCGUUUCCGGAUACUUUCUGUCAACGAUCAACAUCAUCGACGCGCUUGUUGUUUUGUCAGCGUACGCCCACAUGACAAUAAACCUUCUGAAGAAAAAUGAAAAGUAUGAGUUUUCAAACUUCGAUAUCUUGGAAAUCUUUCAAGUUCUACGCGUUGUUCGUCUGCUACGGAUCGUUCGUGACGUCAUUGGUUUCAAGGUUUUGUCAUUUUCAAUGAAGGUCUCGCUUAAAGACCUCCUUGUCCUCUUUCUGUACUUGAUCCUCGGUGUUAUAAUUUUCGCCAACUUCAUUUUCUUUGUUGAAAGUGCCGAAGAUAUAGAAAGCGUGCCUGUUGGAUGGUGGUGGGCAAUCAGUACCCUGACAACCGUCGGUUACGGCGACGUGGUGCCACGAUCUCUAUACGGGCGUUUGAUCGGCGGAAUAUGCGCCGUGUCCGGGCUCGUAAUGAUGGCGGUGGCGAUUCCGGUGUUUGUAAACACGUUCCUUCUUGUGUACGCGUAUGCUGUACUGUACAAGAAGUCCCUGCACAAGCCCGAGGACACGCACCGGUUCAUACACCGACAGGGGAAACUAAGGAACAAAACGUCGCCCGAAACUGGGAAUGGACAUGUCAGCAAUAUAGGGCUAUACUGAAAACUUUACGCAGGGAGAAAGGUUGUUAUUAUUGUUUUGUUAACACUGAAAAUAAAUAAACUGGAUGCUAGUGGUAGAAGUGUAAAUUUGAAUGAUAGCUUGAAAAUAUAUGAUUCCUGAUGACAGCAGACUUGCACUGAAUGCAAGCCUGAAGUACUCUUGCAUAUAUAUUGGAUGAAAGCGAGUAAAUGCAUUUAUUCUAUGCCUACAUAAAUGCUGUCAAAAACAGCGCUUGUAUUUCACAAGUAAAUACGAACAGGCAGAAAAAAAACCGUAUUGUACCUUUUGUUUUGUAUAUUGACGGGCUACUUUUAUUUGAUAUGCAUGGCCUGACAGUUUUUUUAAAAAAAAAAGACGCACACAAAAACUACGCACAUCGAUAAACAAAGAAGAUAUCGUUCGAUAACAAAUCAACAAACAAAAGGCGAAGGUAUAUGAUAAAAGGGUCAUUAUAACAGUAGCUAGAUCUGGGAUUUUGUAUUCGGCAUUGUGGAUUUUGCCAGGUCGGAUCACACUUUGCGCGUGUGCGCCUCUUGUGAUCCGACCUAGCAAAAUCCACUUGAACCGAAGACAGCAUCCACUAUUAUAAUAACCCUGUUAUAUAUUGAAUGAUAAUGGUAAAAUUAUUUUAUUGGAUGAUAAUGAAUACAUAAUACUAGUAUUGGAUGAUAGUGGGAAAAUACGUGCAGUGGAUGACAGUGGGAAAAUACGUGCAGUGGAUGAUAGUGGGAAUAUCGUGACGAAUGAUAGUGGGAAAAUGCAUAUAUUGAAUGAUAGUGUGAAAAUACAAUGUACACGUCCUGAAUAAUAGUGGAAAUACACACAUAUCAAGUAAUAUUGGGAAAAUACCUAUACUGGAUAAUAGGGAAAAUACGUGUAUUGAAUGAAAUAUACAUAUAUUAAGCGAUAGUGGGAAAAUGCGUAUAUCAAAUGAUAGUUGGACGAUAAACAUAUUGGGUGAUAGUGGAAAAAUGUAUAUUGAACGAUAGUGGAAAUAUAUAUAUUUGAUGAAAGAGGGAAAUACAUGUCCUGGAUGAUAGUGUGAACAUACAUAUAUUGGAUGAUAGUGUGAAAAUACACAUAUUGGAUGGUAGUGGGGAAAUACAUAUAUUGGAUGAUAGUGUGAAAGUGCAUAUAUUGGAUGAUAGUGUGAAAAUACAUACAUAGAUAGUGUGAAAAUGCAUAUAUUGGAUGGUAGUGGGGAAAUACAUAUAUUGGAUGAUAGUGUGAAAAUACAUAUAUUAUAGUGUGAAAAUGCAUAUAUUGGAUGAUAGUGGGGAAAUACAUAUAUAGGAUGAUAGUGUGAAAAUACAUAUAUUGAUAGUGUGAAAAUACAUAUAUUGGAUGAUAGUGGGGAAAUACAUAUAUAGGAUGGUAAUGGGGAAAUACAUAUAUAGGAUGGUAAUGGGGAAAUACAUAUAUUGGAUGGUAGUGGGGAAAAUGGGGAAAUACUUAUAUUGGAUGGUAGUGGGGAAAAUGGGGAAAUACUUAUAUUGGAUGGUAGUGGGGAAAAUGGGGAAAUACUUAUAUUGGAUGGUAGUGGGGAAAUACAUAUAUUGGAUGACAGUUGGAAAGUAAAUGUAUUUGGAAAUAGGGAGGGGGAUUCAUAUACUGGAUGGUACUAGGAAAACUAUGUAUCAUUGGAUAGUUGAAAGAUUACACAGCACAAUAAACAUACAGGAAUAUUUUUAAAUGGAAAGGUCUGAAGACGCUAAAUAUGAUCACGACAGAUUAAAAAACAACAAAAAAAACAAAACAUUUUUCAAAGAAAAGCUCGACUCAACUGGCGUCAUACAAUAAAUGAUAUGUUUCACUUGAUAUAUAAACGUGAGAACAAACUUAUAUGAGCAACUUUCUGAGUAGACAAAAAACACUGUUUCAUCAGGAAUUUCAUACUAGACAACAGACAAAACUGCCUACUACUCAGACGGACAGAAGUUUUCUUACAAACAAGAUAGUGCUUUAUAUUCCCAUUGCUGGUUUGCUUUCUUAAAACAAGAUAGUGCUUUAUAUUCCCUUUGCUGGUUUGUUUACAUU